CUCUCGAGGCUCCGUACGUCGGCAACCGAGAGAGGGAGCCAGAGAGCAGCUGACAGACCUGCGAGGGGGGGAGGAGGAGGAGGAGGUAAGAGGCGAAACCAGCCCUUGGACAGAGAAAAGGUGUCCCUGUUGUGUCUCGUGGCCGUUUUGAAGUGCAGAAAGUGGGAUCGAGAAGAGAAGCUCAGAGAGAAAAGAGGCAGGGGAGGAGAGGUGAAGCUGCACGAUCCCUCCGGACGAGGGGCUGGGGAUCCCGGCGGAAGCAGCAGAGAUCGCCGGACUUGAUCGUCUGGUUCGUGGAUCCUGCGAGGGCGGUGGACUUCCCAGUGCCGAAGAAAAGCCCCGGGAUCUGGCACGGCGAAUGCUCCAGCCUCACUCCUAGAGCGCUCAUAAUCGCCCGUCAUCGAGCAUGGAUGCAGGUGGGGAGGAAGGCAGGGCGCACCAGAUGGCGAACGCCGCUGCCCGCGGGGACUUGGAGCCCGUAAGAAGGCUGCUGGAGAGCGGGACGGACCCCAACGCGGCCAAUCUCUUCGGCAGGACCCCGAUCCAGGUGAUGAUGAUGGGGAGCCCCCAAAUGGCGGAGCUGUUGCUACAGGGAGGAGCGGAUCCCAACCUACCGGACCCUACAACCGGAUCGCUACCGGCUCACGACGCGGCCCGCGCGGGGUUCCUGGACACGUUGCGGGCCCUGCGCCGAGGAGGUGCCUGCUUCGAUCUGCCGGACAAAUGGGGCCACCGCCCGCUAGACCUGGCUGAAGAGGCUGGGCACCACCAGGUGGCUCGUUACCUUCGGGAGGGAUCUGAUUGAAAUGUUUGGACUAACGUUAUUGGGGGGGGCAACAAGGGAAAGCCAAAGCAAAAUGUGCCGCCUUUGCAAGAUGCCUUCCACAGGCAAAUCGCAUUGCACAAGCGAAAAAUCCUCCGGUCAGCCUCUCUCCACGUGCAUCUUGCUUGACCCUGCCCCCUUACUCCCCCUCUGGAGGAACAGGCAGAAAUAACCCAGUCCAGACCUUGUUAAUAAGGUCAGAAUCACGGAAUAGUAAAGUUGGAAGGGGUCUAUAAGGCCACUGAGUCCCACCACC